AUGACCGACCGAUUUGCGCGCACCGAUGGAUUAACCACUUCUCCUUGCAACACCACAGACGGGCUAUACUGCGGGGGAACAUGGCGAGGCAUGAUUAAGCAACUCGACUACAUUGAAGGAAUGGGAUUCGAUGCAGUCAUGAUAUCCCCUAUCGUCAAGAACAUCGAAGGAAGGGUCUCCUAUGGCGAAGCCUACCAUGGCUAUUGGCCAGAGGAUCUAUACUCGCUGAAUCCGCAUUUCGGAACCAAACAAGAUCUCCUCGACUUGAGCAAGGCGCUUCACGAUCGCGACAUGUAUCUCAUGAUGGACACCGUCAUUAACAACAUGGCAUACAUAACCAACGGCUCUGAUCUCAGUACCAGCAUUGACUACUCCAUUUUCACUCCUUUCAACGACUCCAAGUACUACCACCCCUACUGUCCCAUCACCGACUACAACAACUACCCACUGGCGCAGGCCUGCUGGACCGGCGACGAUAUCGUUGCGCUCCCCGACCUCAAGACCGAAGAUCCCUCCGUCCAAAAAAUCCUCAACACCUGGAUCCAAGAGAUCAUGGCCAACUACUCCAUCGACGGACUCCGCCUCGACGCUGCCAAACACGUCACCCCCAGCUUCCUUCCCAUCUUCCAAAAGGCCGCAAACAACUCCUUCAUCACCGGCGAAGUCUACGACCAGUCUGUCGACACUAUCUGCGACUAUCAAGCCCACUACCUGCCCAGUGUUCCCAACUACCCAGUCUACUUUGCGCUCCUAGACGCCUUCACGCGCGGAAACACAUCCACGCUUCCCAACCUCAUCCAAGUCAUGAAACACUCCUGUCCCAACGUCACGACCUUAACGAGCUUCUCCGAGAACCACGACGUCGCACGCUUCGCCAGUCUAGUCCCCGACAUGAACCUCGCCAAAAACCUCCUGACCUACACCCUCCUCUCCGACGGAAUCCCCAUGAUCUACCAAGGCCAAGAACAACACCUAAAUGGGGCCUACGACCCCCUAAACCGCGAAGCCUUGUGGCUCUCAUCCUAUGACACAUCCACCCCACUAUAUCAACACAUCCGCACGCUCAACCGGCUCCGCAAACACGUCCACCAAGUUGAUCCCAGUUACCUGGCGACACAGUCUGUCCCUAUCUACCGUGGCUCUAGCGAGAUGGGCUUCCGGAAGGGAAAAGUGGUGAUGAUGUUGUCAACCCAGGGAACGAAAAGCGGAAAGUACACAGUGCGCUUAGUGAAUGGGUAUCAACCCGGUGUUGUAGUUAUGGAGGUGGUAACGUGUGGGAAUUAUACGGUUAAUGAGAGGGGGGAGGUGUGGUUGGAUAUGGAGAGGGGGGAACCGAGAGUGUUGUUUCCUGUGGAGAUGAUGGAGGGGAGUGGGGUUUGUGGGUUUGAUGUGAGGAAUGUUGGGGUAAAUGGGGAUGUUUCUGGGGGAAGUAAGGGUGGGUUGAUGGUAUGGUGGUGGUGGUAUGUUUUGGGGAUGUGGCUGGUGGGUUGGGGGGUUGUAUGA